CACACACACACACACACACACACACACACUUCACUUCUACCUAUUCAGACUGAUGGAGACGUGUGCGCCUUCAGCUCCGUCCGCGCGUAAAGCGCUGCAGUGUGUUGUCAAAGUUAAGACAACAUGAUCCUGAAAACUUACUACUUGAAAGGAAGGAGUCAGUGACCACAGAUAUUACGUCCUCUUCAACCAAUCCCAGAGGAGGUGUGGAACAAUGCCAGACUCUGCUCUGCCACCACCACUUCCACCCAUCACAUUUUUAAACUGUUCAUCUGACCCAUCAAAUUGCUCCCUCACCAACCUCUCUGCAAUUGCUUAUGGUGAUGAAUGCUAUGGCAGUCACUCUUUGUUCGUUGUCAUGGCAAUUGCCUACAGCACCGUGGUACUGUUGGGGGUUGUGGGCAAUUCGGCUCUCAUCCUAGUCAUCACCAGGCAACGGGAACUUCACAAUGUAACAAACGUCCUUAUUGCAAACCUCUCUGUUUCGGAUCUGCUGAUGUCCCUGGUGUGUUUACCUUUCACCUUCAUUUACACCUUUAUGGACCACUGGGUGUUUGGUGCGGUCAUGUGUAAACUUAACAGUUUGGUCCAGUGCUGCUCUGUCUCUGUGUCCAUCUUCUCCUUGGUUCUGAUCGCUAUUGAGAGACACCAGCUCAUCUUACAUCCUCGAGGAUGGAGACCCAGCCUGAACCACGCCUGUCUGGGCAUCGGCCUUACGUGGGCCCUGGCCACUCUCACUGCCACGCCCUUUCUGAUGUUCUCCAGGGUGACAGAUGCUCCACUGAAGCAGCUGCCCUCAGUGUUUCAGGAGCAGUACAGGGGAAAGGUGGUGUGUGUGGAGGAAUGGCCAUCCAGAGAACUUAAACUUACCUACACCACUGCCAUGCUGGUUCUGCAGUACAUCACUCCUCUCACAUUCAUCUUCAUCUGUUACCUGAAGAUCUACUCUCGUCUGCAGCAGCGGAAUAACAUGAUGGACAGAAUGCGUGAGAACAAAUACCGCACCAUUGAGACUAAGCGGAUAAACAUCAUGUUAUUUUCCAUCGUCGUGGCAUUCGCUGUGUGCUGGCUCCCGUUGAACGUCUUCAACGCCGUCAUCGACUGGAACCACGAAGUUGCUAUGAACUGCACGCACAAUCUGCUGUUCUCGCUUUGUCACCUGACCGCGAUGUGCUCGGUCUGCAUAAACCCUGUGUUCUACGGGUUCCUUAACCGCAACUUCCAGCAUGAUCUACGGGCCUUCCGACUCUGCAAGAUCGCAUCGUUACGGGACAACGAAUAUGAUAUGGUUGCCAUGUCCACUAUUCAAACAGAUGUGUCCAAAAUGUCACUAAAAAUUAGUAGCAUAGAUCUCUAGUAGUAGGAUUUUCAUUAGAUUUACUUUCAAAAGAAAAACGUGCAUCUACAGUUCGUUUCUUGGCUGCAUCCCAAGCGUAGCAAUUGCUGUCACCAUUAUUUAAGCGCUUUUGCGGUGUGUUUCCACAAAGGUCAUGCACUUGACUUGAGUGAAUUAUGUCCAACGAACUAGAAAUGGCUACUUUCCAAGCUCUGUAUAACACGGUAUCAUAAAAUUGUACAUACAAGGUCAGAAGAGAUGCUGAGCACAUUUUUUGCAAACAUGAAAUACCACACGUCAAAGAGGGCCGCUUGGGGCCAAGAUGGAACCAGAAGAUACAGAGAAUUUUUACACGGUUCAGAGAUGUGAGUUACUGAGCUUUUUGCAUUGUUUGCUCACUUCAAUGAUGAGAAAAAAAAGAAGAAAUAGAGAUAUUCAAUGCCCAUAGGUCACAAAUUGAAUGGAUUUAAAUAUGAAUGUCAGAAAUUAUUUUAGUGGGAGCGACUCUAAACUGCCAGAUGAGUUUCAUAUUAUGCUUCCAAAUUGAAUUUCUUUGAGUUCUGAGUGUUGUAAAACCAAACAAAAUUGA